CAUCCCCCCCGGUCCCGCUCCGGUCCCGCUCCGGGGCCGCUCCGGUCCCGCUCCGCCGGGUGUCUGCGGGGGCCCGGGGCGGCCGCUGCCGCCGGGCCCGCCCUGCCCGCCCCCUCCGGCGCUCCCCGCCGGGCCCCGCGCGCCUCGUUCCCCUCCGUCCGGGGGGGGGGCGACGGCUGCGGCCUGUCCCGGGAGCCAGGACCGCAUCCUGCGCUGGCCGCUCCAGGCCCGCCCGGCUCCGGGAGGCCGUCCCCGGGCCCUCCCGCAGCUCCCUCCCCGCUCCCUGCCGCACAGGCCCCCCCGGGCCCGCUCCGGUGCUCCCCAUGGAGUUCGCGGAGCUGAUCAAGACCCCCCGCGCGGACAAGGCCGUCCUGCACCGCCCGUCCCACCCGGCCGUGGAGGGCACCCUCUGCCUGACCGGCCACCACCUCAUCUUUUCUUCGCGCCGCCAGAACGACGCGGAGGAGCUGUGGCUGCUGCACUCCAACAUCGACUCCCUGGAGAAGCGGUUUGUGGGCUCCUUAGGUACCAUCAUUAUAAAAUGCAAGGAUCUGCGCAUUAUCCAGCUGGAUAUACCUGGGAUGGAGGAGUGCUUGAACAUUGCUAGCUCCAUUGAGGCACUUUCCACCCUGGAUUCUGUCACACUCAUGUAUCCCUUCUUCUACCGGCCCAUGUUUGAAAUCGUGGAAGAUGGCUGGUGCUCUUUUCUGCCUGACCAGGAAUUUGAGCUCCUCUGCUCAGUGACGGAUGAAUGGCGUCUAAGCUGCAUCAAUAAGGAAUUCUCUGUCUGUCCCUCCUACCCUCCAGUUGUUGUUGUCCCCAAAUCCAUCGAUGAUGAAGCCCUUCGGAAAGUUGCCACAUUUCGCCAUGGCAGUCGCUUCCCAGUCCUCAGCUAUUACCAUAAGAAGAAUGGGAUGGUCAUGAUGAGAAGUAGCCAGCCUCUUACAGGUACCAAUGGGAGACGGUGUAAAGAAGAUGAGAAGCUCAUUAAUGCCACGCUGAGGCCUGGCAAGCGUGGCUACAUCAUUGAUACCAGGUCCCUGAAUGUUGCCCAGCAGGCCAGGGCCAAGGGUGGGGGCUUUGAACAAGAAGCACACUAUCCCCAGUGGAGGAGGAUUCACAAAUGUAUUGAGAGGUUUAACAUUCUGCAGGAAAGCCUCAUCAAACUUGUGGAAGCUUGUAAUGACCAGUCACACAAUAUGGAUCGCUGGCUCAGUAAACUGGAAGCUUCCAACUGGCUGACACACAUCAAGGAGAUACUAACUGCAGCUUGUCUGGCUGCUCAGUGUAUUGAUAGGGAAGGUGCUUCAGUGUUAGUUCAUGGGACUGAAGGAACCGAUUCAACACUCCAGGUAACUUCCCUGGCACAGAUUAUCUUGGAUCCAAGGUGCAGGACCAUACGUGGCUUUGAAUCUCUUGUUGUGAGGGAGUGGCUACAGGCUGGUCACCCUUUCCAGCAGCGCUGUGCCCAGUCGGCCUAUUCCAACAGCAAGCAGAAGUGGGAGGCCCCAGUGUUCCUCCUCUUCUUGGACUGCGUGUGGCAAAUCCUUCGCCAGUUCCCCUGCUCCUUUGAAUUCAAUGAGCAGUUCCUCAUCAUGCUGUUUGAACACGCUUACGCUUCACAGUUUGGGACUUUCCUGGGAAACAACGAGAAUGAGAGGUCUAAACUGAAGCUGCCACAAAAGACUAUGUCCCUGUGGUCCUGGGUGAACAGGUCUGAAGAGCUGAGCAAAUUCCAGAAUCCUCUUUUUGAGGCCAACAGCCUUGUCAUCUGGCCCUCCGUUGCCCCACAGAGCCUGCAGCUCUGGGAAGGUGUCUUUCUUCGGUGGAACAGGCCUUCCAAGUUCCUAGGUGAAGCCCAGGAAGAAAUGAUCAACAUUAUAAAUUACAACAAGGAACUUCAGGCAAAGGUUAAUGCAUUGAGGAGGCAGCUAGCAGAGAUGGAAACAGAUGAUACAAUGCAGGAGAGCCUGUGAGCUGGCAGGGCUUUGCCUCAGGUCGUUCCUUUCCAGUCCCCUUUAAGUUAAAGACCAAACAUGGGAAGUGCAUGGAUUGCAGAGCCCUCUGGGUACAGUUGACCCUCAGUCCUCCUGCUGCUGAAAACUCCACUUCACACUAUUGACCUCCCUGCUUUUUGGGGAGGAUUUCUGUUUUGUUUACAGAAGACACAAACAACUGGGCAUAGUGUCUUCUCUUGGCAGCUUUUCUGUCUCAAAAUGGUGUACAGUGUCAGCAGAAGCUGAAACUCUUACCUCCACCCAACUGCAUGGAUGACCAGGAUGGGCCAAGAUACAGGUUGUUUCAGAUUUGUUUUGGACUUUUUCUGGUUUUGUUGAACUCUCUGAACACUCAGCAGGAUUAAAAUACCAAACUAUGUACAGAUAGGUACAGGCAUUUUGACUGAAAGCACCUUUUCUCUCCAAGAGUAAGUAAGGCAGCUUAGUUCUUUAGUUUCCUAGAAAAACUAGUAACUGGUACACUCUAACUACAGGUUCUACCAGUCUACAUGUUACUGUCAGUAGCCUUCACAUCAAACCCUUUUUUUUGUUAAGCAUUGCCUUGGCAGCAGUAAGUUGAACACCAAACCAGAGCAAGACAUUUUAGUGCAAUACAGAACUGAAGUAGGGAUUCUGCUGCUAAUGUUUAAGCCGUGGCCUUCAGGUGGAAUUGUCCCUCAUGGACAAAAAUACCUCCUAAGGAAUAAAACUUUUUUUCAUUCUACCAGGAAAAUAAAAAGGUUAAGUAGUUGGCAGAGGUGUUCACUUGCAAAACAGCGGCUUGGAUCUGUCCUUUGAACUAGAGCUAAGCUGUCCUCUUAAAACUUGGGAUGGCUCUGGCUGGUUUUGUACAUCUGAACAGGUUCACAGCAUUGUGAGGAUGUAAGAGCAGCACUUAAUCCACAGCACAGCUGAACACUUUUGCUCCACCUGGUGUGCUUUUUCCUCCCAUGCUCUUAUUGCAUGCUUUAUGAAACAUCAGUAGCAGAAGUUGAGAGUUAAGGUGUUCUCACAUGUCAGGUAGGAGAUUGAGGCUGUCACACUACAAAAAUGCUAACAAUUUUGUUCAUAUGUAGCUGCUAAAAACUGCUUAAAGACUUUAGGGAUAAGCUUUUGUCUGCUCUUUUUUUUUUGAAAUCAGAGGUUUUGCUAGAGGUUCUUUUCUUUCCUCCUUUAAAAAGACAGAUAAAAGUGGGUCUGAAAUACUAACUCACCCAGACACUUGUUCAGCUUAAUUCCAUUGUCAGCUGCACAUGACUGAGAAGACAAAUUAAUGACAGUGCAUGUGGCUGGGAUUAUCUUAAAAGGCACUUGCUGUUAGCCUGUUUCUACUAAAAAGAAUGGAGCUGUGUUAGGUCAGGGUUGAUCUCUUUGGAAACUGUUGAGCUUCUGUGACAGUAUAUGCUGGUUUGGAAUGAAGUUGCCUUUAUUCACAUAAAGAUAGGUAGAUAGAUGUCACAAUGGAGGAUUAUUUUCUUGUUGAGUAACCUAAACUUAGUCCUCAAGUCAUCUGGCUUAAAAACUGAAAAGAUCCCUUUUAAACCUUUAUUCAUUUAAGGCAGAAGAAUAAUUCCCCCUACUUAGAAAACCAAUUUCUUUUUGGAUUUGGAGAGGGACAAUCUUGUUCACUGAGGUCAGGGUGGCUGAUCUGUUCUGUGUAGCAGGGGAGGCAGAAGUAAGUUGGCUGUGCCUUCCACCUCCAGGUGCUGGCUUCUGGAGCUACCUUCUGGGUAAAUUGCAAAUUUGAGCCCUUAAGAUUAUUACUUACCCUUUAAAAUAAUAUCUGUGGCUUCUACACCUGCCUGGGUGUUGUAUCCUUGUCCAGUUCAGAAUUUCUACUGUUCCUGUGCAUCUGAAACACAUCAUCACAGAUGGGAAGGAUUCAGAAGGCACUAUUUUCCCCAUAAUAGACUAUACAUAAAACACUUAAAGGUUAUGUAAUUUCCUAACAUAGUAAUUGCAUAUUGAGCUAAAUAAUAGAGAAGCAAAGAGGAUUGUUUUUGUUUUUUUAAUCUAAUUGCCUGGCUGCUUUAGUCUCUCAUGCAAACUGCAGGCAUCUGAGGAAAUUGGGUAACCAGCUGUGACAGCUAACAAAAGGCAGCAAAUUCUCUCUGAGCUGGCAUUCCAUCCUUGGCUUGUGUUUUGGGACUGAGUCCACACCCAAGCUCUGUGUCCUUGCCUUGUCGCCGUGGUGGUGUGGGUGACAGCCUUCAUGUCAGUCUGCCAAUGUCCUGAGCAGCCACAGCAGUUUCUUCCCCAGUUUCUCUGCCGUGCAUCACAGUGUACUCACUGCCAGCAGGCAGGAGCUGGAGGCUUAAGGUAGCCUGCAAAUAAUCACCUUCAUGAGACGUUACCUGGAGCAGUCCUGUGAGGCAUUGCAUGUGAUGGAGUUGCGAAAAGAUGUGUGGAAGCUUGCAGGUCCUCCUGGGAGAAGACAGUUCACAGACCUCUUGUGCCAAGCUACUUGCACAUUGUCUUUUAACCUUUUCAUAGCCGGUGCUUUCCACGUUCUAGUCUGGUGGGUACUGGUGAUACACACCAGAGCACUCCAGUUCUUUGCUUAUCUGCAUAUUUAUUCCCAUAUUUAACACGGAUGAUCAGCUUGCUUCCUCGUAGAGGGGGAUACCUGGUAGACUCUGCCCUGUGGGGUCGCUGACACCCUGUUUGCAGCUUACCUCUGUCUUGCUGAGCUGUAAGGGCUGUGGCAGUGCCUGGCUCUGGCUCUUCAGCCUGACCCUGCCUUACCCUCUAGCUGACCCCCUGCUUCUGCUCUUUUGCACAUAGCUUUUUGUGCAAUAAGCUGGACACUGAGGGCCCCCUUCCUCAAACCCUGGGGUCAAUCACUGCGGACACUCUGCCAUUUACCAAAAAAAAAAAGGGAAAAGGAAGUAACGUGCACAGUUCUCAUAAGGGAAUAUGAACCUUCAGUAUUUUGAUUGUAUCGAUCUAACUCUUGAAUGUGGCAACUGGUUUAAGUGCACUAUUGUCCAUGUUGCAGAUGAUAUAAAUUAAAUUGCACUGUACAGCAUAUUGGUGUCUCAUUUAUGCUUUACUAAAGCCUUGGGAAGUGCUACCAUGUACAGGUUCCUGUAGGAGGGGAGAAAGUCUCUACUAGCACUCUUUUUUGUAACUGUGUGACAUUGAAUAGCACUGUGUGAUGUGUGCUAUGUAUCUGUUAAUGAGUACAACUUUAAGUGAUGAGUGCACUUCUGUCCAAACAUCUGGAAUUGCUAACUGGACUUGGGUGCUGCAUCAGUCUUGAUUAUUUUGGAUUUUCAAUGAAACAAGUAAUAGGGCUGGGAGUUGUGGGCUAUUGUUAGCUGUAUGUUCUGUGUGUACAGAGUCCCAGCCCCUGUGGAGUUGAAUAUAUUGCAAAAAAAAUAUGAAAAGGUAACAAAUCUGAGAAAAACUAUCAUAGCUCGAAUUGCUUGGCCGUUUGAGUGAAGAAAAACAGAUACAAAGUUGCUGUAAACUUCGCUGUAGAUAUGUUGAGAACAUAGUAGAAAUGUCUGUUCAAAUUAAAACCUUGAAGACUACAAA